AUGGCGUCCUUUUCCAAGACAUCCGAGCCACAGCCGUCCGCUGUCGAGGCCGAGGAGGCAUGCUCCCUGGGGCUUUCUGACAUGCCUGUCGAGAUCAUCAUUGAGAUCAUCUCCUACCUCGACUUCCCCUCAUUCGACAUCCUCUUCUGCUCCUCCCGCUGGCUGCGAAACAUCAUCACCGCCCACUGGGCCCACAUCUUCCCAGCCAUUGUGGCUCGGGAUUUCUCUCCUGUUGUACUAUUUAAUGAAGCCUUUGAGGAGGCUGUGCUCCCAAAAUACGAGGAGGAUGAGGGGCAUCAUCAUCACCAUCACCAUCACCACCACCACCACCACCACCACCAUCACCACCAGCAGAUCAUCAAUCACGAGGAUGAACAGGAGAACCUGGACAAUGAGAACAAGAAGGAUGACGAGGAUAUUGAGACCGAAACCACCUAUCUUGCCUCCCUCUCCCCUCUUCACCUCCGACCCCUCCUCAACUUUUGCCGCGCCAUCUUCCGCUGGCAAUCCACCUUCCAAUACCUACGCUUCGCCGACUGUCCCGAGCAUGGCCGUGCCCUACGGCCACAUGAACUCCGCCGCCUGCGACGCGCGCUUUACAUCUGGUGGCUGUAUGCAAGCCACUUCCACACGCCAACAAUACUAGGGGUAUGCAGCCUUAGCACUGAGAUUCUGGAAGCAGGCGGAUGGUACAUGCUGGAGGAGGAGUGGCAGAAUAUGAGGAUGGACUUUUUAAGGAGGUUUACCACGUCAACAGUGAGAGAGCUGUGUGAUUUGUGGCGGACGGUGCGUGCUGCUGUGGGGAGGGAGGUUUGUCCUAGUGAGGGUGUUGUUAAGAAGGUUACAGGAGAUGAGUUUACCGGUGCUGAGGCCGCGAGAAUUGGGUGGGGGGAUGAUUUUGAGAGUGAGCAGAUGCUGGGAACGAUUAUGAAGCUUCGUCCCGAGGAGGUUUUGCAUUUGCUGGUUUUCAGACACCGCUCCGAAAACCACUUCUGUACCGAAUCCCUAACCCAGGCAAUCUCCGACCUCUUAACCGAGCGCCAAGGUCUCGGCAUCUUCUUCCCUGGCGAGCAGAACUGGGCCUUGCCGGCUGUUGGAUUCCCUGAUCACCAGGGAGGAAUCCUGGACCUGGAUCGGAACUCGGGGUCUUCCUCCUCACAAAGCAGCUCAGGCUCCCAGAGCCUAUCACAGCCGCGACUGCAGUCGCAGCCUUUGCCGCACAUGCCACAAACAGCUGCGGAAAUGGAACUCUUAGUGCAGGAACUUGUUGGUAGGAUAGAGGAGAUGUUUGUGAAUUAG